AUGGAGAUUGAAGGCCUGUUACAGUUUGCUCGCAACCACGUUCUACUCUUUGCUGGCGGUUGCAUCAUACUUAUUUUAUUCAGUACCAGCAUGAAUUUCGAACAGUUAUUUGACCGUAUGCACAUGUAUGAGAUUUCUAACGAGAUUCGGCUGAAAAAGAUAGCUAUCCAGCCCAAGGAUGAACAUGAGAAAGACUGUGACUGGCUUGUUGAACGACUCUAUUUGGUUCAGAGACUCCAUAAAUGGAGGCAACGUCAAAUAUUCCUCAGAGAAACAAUAGUUGAAUAUAUUACGCAAGGCAGGAAACUAGAUACCAUUUCGAAUCUGGAUAACUGGGGGCCUAGAGACUGGCAACACAAGUUAUUAAAUGAGGCUAACGAGGGCUGGGUUCUUACAAAUGAAUGGCAUGACCUUCAUCAACGCAAGCCUAAGGGCCCUAGAGUAAGGCUACGUGAUAAUUUUAUCUCCCAGGCUUAUAAAACUCUCCUUGAUAACCCGACCGAACACCUUUCUCGGCGAUCUCUAGUGGAAGGAUGCGAGGCGCGAGGUGGUUGCUGUGCAAGGGCAUGUCAGUGCUGUAUGAGACCACGCGGCCAAUACCCUAAUAAAAGACUAUACUACGCCCAUUGCACGCUAUUCUGCGGAUGUUGUGUCCGGAGUCGAGGAUUCGUACUACAUAAAGAAGAACAGUGCAAAGACUGUGAAGGGCUCAGCGACAUUUCAGAUACGCCUUUCCCUAUUGAAGGCUCCGAAUGGUUCAAAGUAUUGUAG